UUAACUUUACCCAUUUCUCAAUCACAAGUCCACCGGCCUAUUUCCAGUUGCUGUCAGCUCCAAACUCUACAAAUUUUCCACAGAUUUCCAGCAACAAUUUCAUCAAUUGUUCAGCUUUUAGGACCCAGAAAUCAUCAGUAGCGGUAGUUAGAGCAGUCGACACUGAAGUAGCAGCAGCGGCAGCAAAGAUGGUCAAAGCCAUUCGAGUCCAUGAACUUGGCGGUCCUGAGGUGUUGAAAUGGCAAGAUGUGGAAGUAGAGGAGCCAAAGGAGGGUGAGAUUCGUGUGAAGAACAAGGCUAUCGGGCUUAAUUUCAUCGAUGUAUACUUCCGCAAAGGCAUUUACAAGGCUCCUACGCUUCCCUACACCCCAGGUGUCGAGGCUUGUGGAGUUGUGACGGCUGUGGGACCUGGACUAACAGGCAGGCAAGUUGGAGAUAUAGUAGCAUAUGCUGGUCAGCCAAUGGGCUCAUAUGCGGAAGAGCAGAUCCUUCCUGCAAACAGAGCUGUGCCUGUUCCUGCUUCCAUUGAUCCUACAGUCGCAGCAUCCCUCUUGCUUAAGGGUAUGACUGCUCAGUUUCUAGUACGCCGUUGUUUCAAGGUCGAACCUGGACACACAGUCCUUGUUCAUGCAGCAGCUGGUGGAGUCGGAUCCCUUCUAUGCCAGUGGGCUAAUGCCCUUGGUGCCACUGUCAUUGGAACUGUCUCAACUAAAGAGAAGGCAGCUCAAGCCAAGGAGGAUGGAUGCCACCAUGUCAUAAUCUAUAAGGAAGAGGACUUUGUCGCUCGUGUGAAAGAAAUAACAUCCGACAAGGGGGUUGAGGUUGUCUACGAUUCUGUUGGGAAGGAUACAUUUGAGGGAUCACUAGCGGUCUUAAAACUUCAAGGAUACAUGGUGAGUUUUGGGCAGUCAUCAGGCGUGCCUGAUCCAGUUCCAUUACCAGCUCUUCAAGCGAAAUCACUCUUCUUGACAAGGCCUGGCCUCUUUCAUUACACUGUUACUCAAGACGAAUUGUUAGAGACUGCAGAAGAUGUAUUUGCUAAUGUUGCAUCGGGUGUACUGCGUGUUCGAGUGAAUCACACCUACUCGUUAUCUGAAGCAGCACAGGCACACGCAGACCUCGAGAACAGGAGAACAUCUGGAUCUGUUGUGCUUAUCCCCUAGGGUCUAAAGCGAAUGUAUACCUGUUGUGGUAUGUGUAUGUGUGAAAAAACUGCGAAUAAGGAACCUAUCGUCGUCUUUGGGUUCCGAAACUUUGUAUGGCUGUUGUGCCAAAGAGACUUGGAUGUAAUGAACCUUGACAAUAAAAAGGGGUGAUUUAUAUGAACAAAACUUGGCUGUACGAAUUGAGAACUUCA